AUGACACUUAGUGUGAAUGACUUUUCAAGAUAUGAUCAAAUUGGACAUUUUCCUGGUUGGAAAGAUUUAAAUGGCACAACAAAAAAUUUCCAAAAUCAACACGUAAUUAUUUUUGAAGAAGAUCUCUGUCAAUUAGUAAAACGAUUAAAACAACUUGUCUAUUUGAAUAUUUAUGGUAGAAUUCGAUAUGAAAAAGUUGAAUCUUAUCGUUUAAUGGUUCAAAGACGUUUUCCAAAUAGUCGAUUCGAUAUUGAAAUAUCAAGAUUUCGUCUUUGGCGCUAA